GGACUAUAAUGUUCAUUAUAUUUUUGAUAUUAAAAUUUCUGAGCGAAUGCGACAUGGAAGGUGACACAGAGAGAUUACCAGUGGUGGCAAGAGAAGAAGAAGUCACCCUUUGGACGCCGCUGGUUAACGAGUCAUCGGAGGUAACGAGCAAAGGGGAUGUACAAACGGCGUCGUUUAGCUCGUCGGAUGAUGUGGACUAUUCAACAUUGUGUGUCAUAUGUUUCGAGGAGCGCAGAAAUUGUUUCUUCGUACCUUGCGGUCACUCUGCCACUUGUCGUGGCUGUGCUCAGAAGAUCUUGUCGGAAGAAAAUAAGGUGUGUCCGAUUUGCCGGAGGGUAAUACGCAAAUCUAAAAGAUUAUUGUUGAAGUUGUGAAUGUUUGUUGCUUUUCUUAACCAUUUUGUCAAAUGAUUCCAAGACAAUUCUUUAAUUGAUUGUAUGCUGAUCUUUCACUACAUUUUUUCCAAAGAAAACAUG